AUGGGUUCCUGCUUCUGGUGGCUGGCAGCAAUUCCCUUCCUGACUCUCCAGCACAGGUCCUGCCUGGCUGCAGGUGAGCUGAGCAGCUCUCCUCACAGGAGCUCCAUCGUUGGGCUCAUUGGGGACAGGGUCCUCCUGCCCUGCCACCUGCCAGCAGGUCUCAGCCCCGAGGAGGUCUCUGUCCAGUGGCUGUUCCAGAGGGGGCCUCAGCAGGUCACUGUCAGCAGCUACGACAGAAGGGCCCCAGAGGAGGAACCAGAUGAGAGCUACCAAGGCAGAGCUGAGUUCUUCCACAGCCAGCUGAGGGCUGGCAACCUCUCCCUGCUCCUGAAGGACAUCAGGAGCUCUGACCAGGGACUCUACAGCUGCCUGAUCUCCUCCCAGGGAACGCAGCAGGGAGCCUCGGUGCUGCUGCAGCCGGCAGCCCGAGGUGCUGUGCCUUCCAUUCACCUGAAGAGCCACAUGAAGGAGGGCCUUGGCCUCAGCUGCCAGGCCGAGGGAUGGUUUCCCAGACCUCAGCUGCUGUGGCUGGAUGGCCAAGGACAGGUCCUGAAGGAGCUCUCCACCACGAAGGUGACAAGGAUGCCUGGAGGCCUCUACAGUGUUUUGGCUUCCAUCAACCUGCAGCGGAGCUCUGCCCUGGAGGUCUCCUGCAGGGUGGUCAACAGCCUGCUGAAUGCAACCAGCGAGUCCAGAGUGCUGAUCUCAGAGGUUUUCUUCCCCACCAUUUCCAAGUGGCUGAUGACCUUCCUGCUGGUUUUGUGCCUUUGCAUGGUCCUCAUCUUCACCAUCUCCUGCAAGCUGAGACGCAGCCACAAGAAGAUCAUCAACUUAGACAAAGGGAAGAUGGAAAUGGAAGAAGGGAGGAAGGAGCUGAGCGCGGAGCUGGCCAAGUCCCAGCUCAGGAGACGCCUUGGUCAGCUGAAAGUGGAGCUGGGUUUCUGGGAAGCUCAGAGCCAUGCAGUGGCCAUCACUGUGACUGCUGACUGCCGAGCGCUGGAGCUGCAGGUCCCAGGGCCUCCAGGUGUGGGGAGCAGCACCUCCAACCCUGCUGAAGCCCAAGCUCUCUGCACAGUCCCUGUCCUGCUGGGGAGGGAAGGCUUUGCAGAAGGGAUUCACUACUGGGAGGUGGAGGUGGACCAGCAGCAGGACUGGGUGCUGGGGGUGGUGAGGGACAACGGGAGGCAGGAGGAGGAAGGAAGGAGCCUGCUUGGGGAGGACUAUUGGGCUCUGCACAGGUCUCAGGGAGAGGUUUUCUCCAGUGAGGGAAUCUGCAGGGCUGAGAAGCAGCAGCUGAGCAGCUCAGUGGUCGGAGUCCUGCUGGACCUGGAGGAAGGGAGGUUGAAGUUUUACGAAGCAGAGCAGAAGGUCACCAUGGUGAGGAUGCCUCUGUGGUUUGGGACUGAUCCUGCAGAGAGGUUUUAUCCAUUCCUGUCCAAAGGGGAAGGGACAGCCACACCCCUCAUCCACCCAGUCCCAAUCCCUGUCCCCUUUGGAGAGGCUGGAGAAGGAGGUUUGGGGAUGGGAGAGGUUGUGGCAUCUGAGUUCCCUGCCAGGAGACUCCCCGAGGAUGACAGCUUCCCUCACCAGGCUAUUGAUGAAGCUGUCAGACAAGAACCGGCCCCGCGGGAGCACCGCGGGUGUGUGACCAGCAGCUGGAGCUCUCUGCACCCCCGGCACACUUUGGGCCCGGCCAGCAGGCAGUGUUGA